AUGGAUGGAGACCUUGCGAUCAAGGCAAAGAUCCAAGACGAAUUGGAUGCGGGGCAGUACCUUCCGGUGCAACCUGGGCUAAUCCAGGGCGCUGCGUUGCCUGCGGUGCCAGGCCUAGCGGCACUGCCCACAGUGAACUCCCUCAGGGGCCUGCAGGCGGGAAUGGUUCGACCCCCCAUGCCUGCAACAAGGCCAGUCAACGCUGCCGCCAUGGCCGCCUCCACCUCGAAAGCGCCGGGCACGGUCCCUGCCAAGGCCGGGCAGCCGGCGCUGCCCCCUGCCGUGCUCCCCUCAAGCGUGCAACCGUGCACCGUCUACGUGGGCCGGAUCUCCACCGAGGUGUCGGAUGACUUUGUUCGACAGCUUCUAGACAAGUGUGGCAAGGUCAGCAAGUGGAAUAGGGCCGCCGACCCGAACACUUCGAAGCUCACAUCGUUCGGCUUCUGCGACUUCGAGGAGCCCCAGGGAGUCUGGCGAGCUUUGGAGUUCCUCCACGAGAAGCAGCUGUGCGACAAGAAGCUUCUGGUGAAAUGCGAGGAGAAGGCCAAGCAGACAAUCGACACCUGGAAGGCCGCUGUAGAGAAGGAGAUUGAGAAGCUACUUGUCGUCAAGAACAAGGACUUCCCAGAGGUCAAAGACGGCGAGGACCAGAAAACCAAGGAGGAGGACGAGAAGGCCGCCAAAGAAGCUCUGGAAAAGGAGAAGAAGGAGAAGGAGGCGGCGGCUGAGAAGAAGGACGAAAAAGACAACAAGGACAAGGAGAAGGAGAGAACCAAGACCGAAGAGCGGGGAAAGUCCGAGGCGGACCGGAAGCGCAAGCGGGAUGAAGAACGGGAGGAGAGGGAGAAGGCCGUCUCGCGGCACUACCGGGCAAGUCGGCGCGAGCGGGAUCGCGACGCCCGGGUCCGAGACCGCGAGCGAGACAUCGAGAAGGAGUACAGCUACCGCCUCCGGGAGUUCGAGCGCAGCGAGGACAAGCGGAUCCGGAACCUCAAGCAGGACCUGCGGGACUUGGAGCCUGCUUCUGAGCCCAGCGAGCGCGAGAAGCGAAAGUUCGGCGAGCGUGACCUCGACUUCCGCGAGUCGGACGUGAAGGAGUGGAAGAGACGCCGCGAGGAUCGGGAGAAGGACCGAAAGCGAGAGCAGGAAAAGGACGCCGCGGACACGGUCGCUGAGAAGGAGGAGGAAGAGGAGUCGAAGCGGAAGAAGAAGGAAGACGAGGAGAGGAAGAAGAAGGAAAAGCAGGAAGCCGAAGAGAAGGCCAAACGCGAAGCUGAGGAAGCAGAGAGGAAGAGGAAGGAGGAGGAGAAAAAGAAGAAGGAGGAGGCAGAGAAGAAAGAGCGAGAGGAAAGAGAAGCCAAAGAGAAGGAGGAAAAGGAGGCCAGGGAGAAGGAGCAGAAGAAGCAGCAGCAGGAUGCAGCUGCCAAGCUCCUCCAGUCCGUGCAGGCGGAGAUCAUGAGCGCGCCGGCUCCUGCUCCCAAAGCAGCUCCACCCGCACACGUGCAGGCGCUCUUCAAGGAGCCGGAGGACUUAGAUGCCAACGGACAGCCUAGGAAGCACAAGCCUCUCACGCGCCUCGAUGGGCCACCGGCCGAGGACCGCAAGCUCAGGGACGACGAGAUGCGGCGGCUGAUCCAGCAGGUGCCAACGGACAAAGCUCGGGCCUUCGCCUUCGACAUCGACUGGGACGCGGUUCACGGCAACAACAUCAUAGAGAAGAAGCUGCGGCCGUGGGUGAAGAAGAAGGUCACUGAGUUCCUCGGCAACGAGGAGCAGGGGAUGAUCGAGUUCAUCCUCAAGAAGGUGAGCGCGCGCACCAAGCCGGACACGAUCCUCGCAGAGCUCGAAGGGUUUUUGGACGAAGAAGCGGAGAAUUUCACGCUGAAGAUGUGGCGAAUGCUCAUUUUUGAGGUUCUUCGCGUGAAGGCCAGAUAG